AUGGCUAACGACAGUGCUGAUGACAUCAACAUCGGCAUAGCCCUCAGUACUGCUCUGCUCCUCCCUGGCGAUCUUAAUCGAAACGCCGAGCUGAGCGAGUACGAAAACUACGCUUUGAUGCUUCAACGUUCUGUUCAAAUUGUUAAGGGGGAUGUGAUUCAAUUCAUGAAAGAUUUCCACAAAAACUCUAAGUUGGGUCAUGGAAUUAAUAGUUCCUUUGUUGCUUUGAUUCCAAAAUCUGAUAAUCCUUCUUGUCUUAAUGAUUAUCGGCCUAUUAGCCUUCUAGGCUCCUUGUAUAAAAUUCUUGCAAAGGUUUUGUCUAAUAGGAUCAAGAGUGUUAUGCUAAAGAUCAUUAGUGAUUCUCAAUCAGCCUUCAUUGGAGGUAGAAGUAUUUUGGAUGGUGUGUUGAUUGCAAAUGAAAUAGUUGACGGUUGGAAGAAGCAUAGGAAAGGCAUUGUUUUAAAACUUGACUUUGAGAAAGCGUAUGAUUCAAUUAACUGGGAGUUCCUCUUUUCUAUGCUCGCAAAUUUUGGGUUUGGUGCCAAAUGGAUUAGUUGGAUGAGAGAGAGUGUGUUUUCAGCCAGAGUUUCUGUAUUAGUCAAUGGAUCACCAACAUCUGAGUUCACUCCUCAAAGGGGUCUUAGGCAAGGUGAUCCAUUAUCACUAUUUCUUUUCAAUGUCAUAGCUGAAGGUCUGAAUAUCCUUUUGGGUAGAGCUCUACAAAUGGGAUUGAUUGGAGGGGCUGUGGUUGGCUCAAAUGAUCUUGUGAUCACCCAUCUUCAAUUUGCAAAUGAUACAAUAUUAUUUUGUGAGGCAGAAUGGAAGGAGAUUGGGAAUGUUAAGAGGAUUCUAAGAUGUUUUGAAAUGCUUUUAGGACUGAAAAUUAAUUACCAUAAGAGUGUGGUGUGUGGGAUUGGCAUUAGUGAGGACCUCACUAAAGGAUUUCAUGACAAACUAAACUGCUUACAUCAAAAUCUACCUUUAAAAUACUUGGGGAUGUCAUUGGGGGAUUGUCCAAGGAGAAGAAGGAUGCCAGAAGGGGUUACAAAAGAAAUUGACAGAGUUCAGUCUAGAUUCUUAUGGAGAGGUGAUGAACUUAGAAGAAAGAUUCAUUUGGUGAUAUGUGGCAAGUUUAAUGAGGUUGGGAGGGGAUGGUGGCCUGAACCUGUGGAACAUCUCAGGUGCACUUUGAUCUGGAAAGAUAUAUUGGGGCUUGCUUCGGGUAGGCCUGAUCUAGUGGAGUUUUUUAAAAAUAGCAUAGCCCUGGUUAUUGGAGAUGGAAAGAGAACACUUUUCUGGAAGGAUAAAUGGUUUGGAAAUGUUUGUUUGAAAGAUGUAUUCCCUAGAUUAUAUUCUGUAACAAUGGGAAAUGAUGAAUUUGUGGACUUGGUGUAUAGCAGAAGAGCUGAUGCUGAGGCUUGGAAUCUGAAUUUCAGAAGGUCUUUGUUUCAGUGGGAGGUGGAGGAGUUGAGGAGAAUGAAUACAAUGUUACUUAAUGCUCCAGCUCUCAGGGAAGGUAGGAGGGAUAUAUUGAGUUGGAUUGCAGUUGCCUCAGGGUCUUUCUCGGUUACAUCAGCUUAUGGAUGGAGUGAAUUGGGUCAUGGAGCUAAUAGAAAGACUGCUGAGUUCAUUUGGAAGAAUGUAUCUCCUCCCAAGCUUGUAGUAGUGUUGGUUGUGGUAUGUUCUGGAUUGGCUGUUAGGUUGUUGGGUGGUUUUCCUUUUUUUCUCCUUGCUGUUGUGUUGGUGUCUCACCAACCUUAG